AUGCGGCUGGCUUUUGGGCUUGGCGGGACGAAGAAAGUCCUCAUCAUUUCACUGAUUGCACUCACUGAUUGUACCCUGCCAACCUUCAACCUUGGAUCACUCCUGUCUUUCCAUGCCUUUGUUUGUAUACAUGUGCUGCUGAAUGAAGAAUCAACCACCUGGUCGGCUGCCCCAGCAGAGCGGUUGCUGUCCAGUGGCGUCCAUGACGAGGAGGGCACAGGCCGCCUGUGGAGGUCGCUGACCUUCUUCGUUGCACUCGGGGUGGCAGUCAGCAUGCUGAACGCCUACCUGAAGUCGCGGGAGCAUCACAAACAGCAAUUCGUCCCCUACCCGCAUCUCCGCAUCUGGACCAAGCCCUUUCCAUGGGGAGAUGGAAACCAUACUCUGUUUCAUAACCAUCAUAUCAAUCCUCUCCCAACCGGUUAUGAAGAUGAGUUAAGAAAACUUAGACCAUACUAA